CUGCUGUUACUUUUGUAAAACAGUAAAAGUAAUCAAUAAAAAAAUCUUGAAUACGAGAAGUUUGCGCUUGUUAAAAAAUCUUUAAUUUACUUAAAUCACGAGAAAAAGGAAGCAUGAGCAGAUAAAUAAUAUAUUCCUAAAAUCCAAAACAACGUCGUUUCAACUUUCAAAGUAAAACAAAAAGCUGGUAGGUUGAUGAACGAUAGCGCGAGGAGGGUGAGCGUGUGACAACGAUCAUUCUCAGUUCUCCCACACACUCUCUCUCUCCUUUCUUCGUCGACUCCGUUUUCUUUAUCCCUUUUCAUAUUUUCCAAUUUUGUCCUCUGUUUUUUCUCCAUUUCUCAAUUUUGUCCUCUCCUUCUACGAUGACCUACUUGAAGUCGUAGCUCAAGUUCGUGUUCGAUUUUCCAAUUCCCAAUUUCAAUUGCCUAAACCUUGUAAAGGUUUUGGUUGAAUGGAAGCUCGAGUUGGGAACAAGUUCCGUCUCGGUCGGAAGAUUGGUAGCGGAUCUUUCGGAGAGAUCUAUCUCGGAACUAAUAUUCAGACUAAUGAAGAGGUUGCGAUUAAGCUUGAAAGUAUCAAAACCAAGCACCCUCAAUUGUUGUAUGAAUCAAAGCUGUAUAAAAUACUGCAAGGAGGAAAUGGGAUCCCAAAUGUGAAAUGGUAUGGUGUUGAAGGAGAAUACAAUGUCCUCGUGAUGGAUUUACUUGGUCCUAGUCUUGAGGAUUUAUUCAAUUUCUGUAGUCGGAAAUUAUCUCUCAAAACUGUUCUCAUGCUUGCUGAUCAGAUGAUAAAUCGAGUUGAAUUUGUUCAUUCGAAAUCAUUUUUACAUCGGGACAUCAAGCCAGACAACUUUCUCAUGGGUUUAGGGAGGCGUGCAAAUCAAGUGUAUAUCAUUGACUUUGGUCUUGCUAAGAAAUACAGAGACACCACUACACAUCAGCAUAUUCCUUACCGAGAGAAUAAGAAUUUGACUGGAACUGCUAGGUAUGCCAGUAUGAAUACUCAUCUUGGAAUUGAGCAAAGCCGGAGGGAUGAUUUGGAGUCACUUGGAUAUGUUCUUAUGUAUUUCUUAAGAGGAAGUCUGCCUUGGCAGGGAUUGAAAGCAGGUACUAAGAAGCAGAAGUAUGAAAAGAUCAGUGAGAAGAAAGUUUCUACUUCUAUUGAGUCUCUCUGUCGUGGCUAUCCUUCAGAAUUUGCAUCAUACUUCCAUUACUGCCGAUCACUGAGGUUUGACGAUAAACCAGAUUAUGCAUAUUUGAAAAGACUUUUACGUGACCUUUUCAUUCGUGAAGGAUUCCAGUUUGAUUAUGUCUUUGAUUGGACUAUUUUGAAAUAUCAGCAAUCUCAAAUUUCCACUCCUGCUGCCCGUGCUAUUGGUCCUGCUGCUGGACCAAGUUCUGGUAUGCCACCACCUGCUGCAAAUGUUGAUGGACAGUUAGGUGGAGAUGAUGGUAGGCAUAAUAAUUGGUCUUCAUCAGAUCCUACUCGUAGGAGAAACUCUGGACCUAUUGCUAAUGAUGGAGUGUUAUCUAGGCAAAAAGCCCCUGUUACAAACGACGCAACUGGAUCUAAAGAUGUUAUGCUGUCAGGUUCUCAUUUCUUCCGGUCCAGUGGAUCUGCCAGGCAAGGUGCUGUCUCAGGCAGCCGGGAUGUAGUUAUUGGCGGUGAGUCUGAGUCCUCUCGUCCUCUGACCCUGGAUUCAAGUCAGGCAGCACUUCGUAAAACCUCUGGUCCUCAGAGAAGUUCAGCUAUCCUAUCAUCUGAACACAACCGAGCACCCUCUGGCAGAAACACAUCAAACAUAAAGAAUUUGGACUCAACUCUUAGAGGUAUGGAGAGCCUGCAUUUCAACGACGAGAGGGUACAAUAUUAGCAGCUACCACUCUCGAUCAUCUUUCUUUGUAAAUUCUGAAAGGCAUAUACUCUUUUUUCAAGAACUAAGGAAUGGAAUGUUGUCUAUGCAUUGUGUUGAAGUCAAACUGCGAACAAGUUGGGAAUCGUCCCCAUAGGUAUACAAUAAAGAUAUGUCUAGAUAGCUUCCUCCUUAACUAAAAUGCCCUCGCAAAAGGCUUCUGUUCAUACAGUGUGUUAUACAGACAUGUUCUGCACUUCUGCUUCACCUUUACUAUCAUUUUCUCAUGUCGUUCAUUAGCCAUUUUUCUUCCUUUUAAAGCAUUACAUAUCAUUGUAAAUCUAUUAGUAGGGGAAUUAUCAGAUUUUGUGAGCAAGACGUGAACCUGAGUUGUGUCGUUUUAAUAACAAUCGAAGUUUUCUUGCAUGACAAUAGAGGGGAAUUCCAUGUUAUUGCUUUGGCUUUUAAUUGCUUUUAUCCUAACGUGAUAUUGUCCCACAGAAAAAGUAGAAAAGAAAGAAAAAUACCUUCACUAAGAGGCACCUAAAUUGGGUGCAAAUAAAAGACAUCAAAAUAUGCUGUACAAUUAGUGAAGUUUUAUCAAAGAU